CGGGAGAAGAAAAUGGGCCGUUGGCAAGCAAAGAAUCGCGAGCUGAUAAAGUAGCUGUACUCUGAAGCAGCACACUCCGGGAGGCUUUGUUACUUCAUCUUUGUUGUUGUGUAAUUUUUUGUUUUUUGAAAGCAUAUUCAAAAAUGAUCCUCACGGUGAAACCGCUUCAAGGAAAAGAGUGCAGCGUACAGGUGACUGAAGACGAAAAGGUCUCCACAGUGAAGGAGCUUGUGUCUGAACGUCUCAACAUACCAGCAAACCAACAACGGUUACUCUACAAAGGGAAAGCUCUAGCAGAUGAACACAGACUGAGUGAUUACUCUAUUGGUCCUGAAGCUAAAUUGAAUCUGGUAAUCCGUCCCGUGGGAGAGAGGACUGCAGCUUCAGGGACAUCAGCACCAGGCGGCGGUGGUAGCUGUAGCAGCACCAGCAGCGGAAGCAGCACACAGGGAGGAGUAUGGCAGACCAUCUCCACUAUACUUGCUAGACACUUUAGUCCGGCAGAUGCAGCAAAGGUUCAUGAACAGCUUAUUAAGGACUAUGAACGUUCCCUUCGACAGCUUAGCCUCGAUGACAUUGAGCGCUUAGCGGGGAGGUUGCUUCAUCCGGAGGGCGAGGGCAUGGACACCUCAUACAUGGACUAAGAAUGCGUAGCUUGAAGCUGUUUUUUCCAAUUGUUGUUUGAGAGACGCUCAGUGCUUUGAGAUGCAUACGGUGUUUAGACUGUGGAAAAUACAAUGUCAUUUUUCUUACAGAGAGCCCCAGGGUGAGCAUGGAUAACACUGACUGUUUAUCUCAGCAAUAGGGCUUUCUUAUCUUGGAUGAGAAAACUUGGCCUCUUGCAAUUGCAACCUCGACCUGAUCACAUAAUAUCUGAAUACAAAGGAGUCCAUUUAUGAAGCUGUCUUCACAUGAUCUCUGGCUGCUACAAAUUCCAGGGGACACUAACUUCUAAUGGAGGGUAUUUAUUAGUAAUAUUUGGGUUGCGUGAUGACUGGGUGUUUCCUGUUAACCAUCUGUGCAAAGUUCAUACAUGUUUUAUUCUGUAACUUACUGAUGGCCAUUGUAUGAUUUGUAAAUAUCAUGUUUAUAUAUACAGAUAUUAAAACACAGGAAGAAAAAAA